AUGUUACUUCUUAACAAGAUAAGUAAGGGGGAGCGUAGCUGUGGUACGAAUGACUGGGUUAAAGUUUGGAUUGAUAGAGCUCUUGUUUCUCAACAAUGGCUUGAUAUAUUUCCUACUGUCAAGCUCUUCAAUUUAGAGGUGUCUACCUCUGACCAUUGCCCUCUUCUUUUGAUCCCUAUGAAUUCAGUUACUGUUGUUAGACAAAAUGUCUUCAGGUUUGAGAAUUCUUGGUUGAAAGAACCCCUUUGCUUCAAGGUCUUUGAAGACACUUGGAAUCUAUUUUUGGGAAGCACUAUUAUAGAGAAGGUUAAAAACUGUGGUGCUGUGUUAUUUGAAUGGGGAAAAGACUAUUCGGGUAAUUUCAAACAAAGAAUUCAAGAUUGUAAAGCUGAAAUUCACCACUGA